CAAAAUAUUCCCUGCCUUGACUCGGACAUGUAACCCCGUCCGCGACUUAAGGAGGAUAUAUUCCGAAACAGGUUUUUGUGGUUCUUUCUAGCCUAGCGUCAGUUGUUGAUAUCUUCUAUCCCCCCCAUCUAAAUUUCGUCCCGGCCUGUGCCACGAUGGUGCUUUCCUUAGUGAACCUGUGCGCCAAGGUGGUGGUGAGUGACCACAGUUCGUCGCCGCACUGGCUGAGCUGUGUGCCCAGGGAGCUGUACGGCUCCCUACUCGAUGCCGCCUUCACUGGCUGCCGACCGCUGGCCGUCGGUGAACUGGUUCAGCGGUGGCCCGAACGCACCCUGCGGGUCGGUGGCCGAAAGAAGCCCCGAAAAAGUCCUCCGAACCGGCUCUGCAUCCAGGCUCUCUUGCUCGCUGUCGUCAGAGGACUGACGGACCCAAGGUGUGUUCUGCAGGUGCUGGACCUUUGUGGACUGCAGGGUGAAGAGGGGGGAAUGGGAGACCCUAUGGGCGGUUGGUCUUUGACCGUGGCCCUUUGCAGCAUGGUUCUUCAGGCAAAGAUUGGCACUCAGAGGGAAAAAAGAAGAGAAGGGGAGCGAGAGAGGAAAAGGUUCCGGGCUAUGGAGAGAGAAAAGGAUUUGGUGAAGAAGGAGAGAGGGCAAGAAAACAAAAAAUCAGAGGAAGAGGCACGAAGUGGCAAUUCCAAUGGCACAGACACCAGGGAACCUGUGAGAAAUGGAGAGCAGGGCAUUGGAACAUCGGUGAUUUCUGGAGAGGAGCAAAAGAUAAAGGGGGUGAGGAGGAGGAUGGAAAUGGAAAGGAGAGAGAGUAAAGUGUCAGGAAGCAGAAGAGAGAGUGAGGAAAUUGAUAUAGACAGUGAGGUGGUGAUGCACGUAAGAGCUGAUCUUUUUGUCAAUGCCCGCUCAUGGGAGCGUGUGCGCUUGGCCAUGCGCACAGUGGGACCCCUCAAGCUCCAGUGCAGGUAUCUCCGGGUGGAGGAGCUCACUGUGUCGAGGAUCAAGACCCUGCUGGAACUCUUGCCCCGCCAGGGACUUCUUGGGUUGGAUGUCCGCUACAGCAGCCUUGGGGUGGCGGGGCUGACAGAGCUGCUGCCCCAACUCUCCACUUUCCCAGCGCUGAGUUCAUUCCGCUUGUACUACUGUAACCUGGAUCUCCACAGAGACCAGCCUGGGCAGGAGGGAACACUGAGGGAUCUGUCACUGGGUCUGGCACAGUUAAAACAACUAAGCCACCUCAGUUUCACUGCACUGCGCCUGCCAGGACAUUUACGCAUGCUGCUCAGCUCGCUGUCUCAGCCUCUGGAGGUACUAGAGAUGCCCUAUCUGAGCCUGAGCCCAUCGGACCUCGCCUAUUUGUCCUGUAGCCAACAUGCUUCCACACUGCAACAACUGGACCUGAGUGAAAACCGUCUGGAUGAAACUACGCUGCCAUCUGUGCGCCGCCUACUCUCCCAGGCCUCUGGCAACCUGCAGCACCUCUGUCUGAGUGGCUGUGGCCUGACAGACCGGCUAUUGGGAGCCCUCCUGCCCUCCUUGAGCUGCUGCCGGGCCCUGAAGAGCUUGGGCUUGUCCCUCAAUCCGCUCUCCAUGGCUGGCCUUCUGGACCUGGUAAGGACAGCUGUGAGAAUGCCCUCCCUCCGCCAGCUGCUCUACCCCAAUCCACUGGAAGACUACCAGCCAGGCCUACCUGAACUGCCGUCCAGCGCCCAGCUCUUAGAUUGGCCCCUGGACGAGCUCAUGGAAGUCCACGCGACACACAGCCAGCUGAACAGGGUGGUGACAGAGAGUGGUCGCUCUGACCUCUUCCUGACCUGCGACCUGAUCAACUAUGACAAAGACUUGGUGGAGUAGAACAGAGGCUGGGGGUCACUUCGCUCACUGGCAGAUAUCACAGCAAUGUAUACACACCUGACAAUCGAUCAUCAUCUUGCAUUUAAGUGUUUGUAAAAACACACUUGUAUUUUUUUUUUUUUGCUUUAUUUUCUAUAUUCAUUCCACGAGGAAAAAGUGGCAAACAAUAUGCCAUACUUCCAUCAUAUGGUGCGUGAGGAGUAAAUACAAUCUCUGCUUCUUAUGUAUUGAAUCAGUCAGCUUGUAAAGUGUCAGGAGCUACUAGUGCUGUAGUAAUGGGGAUACGGUGGUGUGUGUGUUGGGGGGAUUAAUUCUUUUUUUUUUGCCAAGCAGAGUUGUGGUAUGGUUGGAAUGGAGACAGAUCGUUAUGUUUCACUGGCUUAGGGUUACAGCUUGUGAACCCUUAUGCCUUUUAAAUCUGUCAACAACACUUUGUCUCUAAAUGGCAUGCACACAUCUGCAGGCUUACCAGGUUUGCAAAACCUUGAUAGAACAUGGAGGUGAAAAAACUUAUGGAUGUCACAUGGAUGUGCACACAAUUGGUCAAAUUUAAAUUUCCCGCGACAGCUGUCAGUGUUUCUGUUAAGAAAGCGUCAUUAACUAAAUCUAAUAUUUGUACAGUGUAAAAAAUGUCUUUCAAAGCUUCUCAUUUAGCUUAUCCAGUUCAGAAUUAAUGCUGCGUUUUCACUGUCUAUUUUCCAAUGUUCAAAAAAUUGUUCUUGUUCUUUAUUGAGCCUAAAAUAUCACAAAUAUCAGACAAAUCACAAUUGUACUGAAUGAAUAAGUUACGAAAUAAAACACUGUU